UCCGCGGUCACACUGCACUGCACGUGUUUGGUUGCGGCCAACCAAACUUUAACAAAUCUUGUUGCCUUAUUUUGUAGAUUUUGGGUAAUCAUGGGUAAAUUUCGAUCGAAAUUGAAACGCCAUGGCAAGGGCAAGACAUGGCGCAAAGGAGAGUCGGCCAAAUCCAAUCCGGAGCAGAUGAAGCAUCGCAUCAAAGCAAAGUCGCGUUUCUUUCAGCCAAAUUUGAGUCUGGAUUCCUCUACAGUUGCGGCUGCAACUGCAUCCGCCACCAAUGCCCUCACAUUGGAGGCAGUGCACAAGCACGAACAGCGUCAGGCGUACAACGCGGAGACAACAACAGUGAACGAUGUCGCAGGGAGCUUAAUGAGCUUCACUCUGGACGAUGACGAUGGCAUGUCCGGCACGGGCACACAGCCCACAGGGACAUUCAGGACAUUCAAGACAUUCGCCUCCAACUACAGCAGCUGCAGCAACGUGAGCUUCAAGAAGCUUCUCACUGGGUUCCGGGCCUCGUCUGAUCUGCACAAGGAAAUGCUGGCCAUCUUGAGCGCCCUCACUGAUAUUAUACGCGAGAAUGGCGGCAGCGAGUCCUCCACCGAGUACUUUCUGCUUCUCAUGGAGCAAAUCGAAGCCUCCACCGAAGAGCGGGACACCAUUGCCGGCAUCGCUCUGCUCUCCAUGGGCAUCAAGUCUGUCCCGGCUCCGGUACUAAGAAAACGCUUCAGCCAAACGGCCGCCACCGCUCAGAAGCUCCUUAAACGCUUCAUGGACUCCACCAACCAGUCAGUCAUCCGUUAUCUCAUCGGAUGCAUGUCAGUGCUGCUACGUGCCCAGGACUACGCCACAUGGACCUACAGCUCCACCACGCAGUACUUUGACGCUCUGCUCGCGUUCACCAUCCACUCCAAGCCGAAAAUACGCAAAGCUGCACAGCACGCUGUUGUGUCAAUCAUACACGGCAGCUGCUUCAUGCUUCCCCCCGCGCCACCCGCAGAAGGCGAAGCGGGUGAGGGCGAUAAGGCUGUUGAGGAGGUGCAGCUGCAGCAGCAGCCCAAAGUGAAUCACCAUCCGGCGAGCGGUCGUGUUAGCAAAUUCUGUUUGGCCCAAUUCAAGCCCGAAGUGCUGGCCAACGCCCAGACGACAGUGCUCCACACACUGGCCCUGCUCAAGGACACCUUGUCGGGGUUCCGUACAGAGGAUAUACGCGCCGUUUGUGAGCACCUGCUGUCCAUAAUGACGGCAGCGAAUUUUAUGGUCCGCACCAACUGUUUCCAGGCGCUGCAUGCGCUGUUCCUCACGCGCAGCGCCAACCUGAAUGCCGCGCUUUGUGGCAAGUUGCUGGCCGCCAUCCACGAGUAUCGGCCGGAUCGCUCGGACGUCCGUCAGACGCUCACCUGGAUCACAGUUCUCAAGGAGGGUCACCUGCACUUGGCCACGCUGCGGCCGGACCUGUGCAUGCAGGCCCUGCCCCGCCUCUUCGAGGUGUGCACCACAGACCUGUGGCUCUCGGAGCGCACUGAGCUCGUCGUUGGUGUCUCGAACUGCAUCAAGGAGCUGCUGCAGGACUGCGUGACGCAUGCCUGCACCAGUCCCGAAGACGCUCAGAGGAAUCGACAGAGCGUGGCCCGAAUCAUUGCGGCCCUUCACAAGGUGCUCAGCGCUCCGUACGGCGAGAUCUCCAAAUAUGUCAUCCUCAUCUUCUCCAUUGUCUUCGAGGCCUGCGGCAAGCAGUUUGCCACUGAGCUUACACCAUCGCUUUUGACCAUCGCCAAGCGGUACGACAGCCAGAGCAGCAUGCGGCUGCAGAUUGAGCACACUUUGAUCAGUGGCAUCAGGGCGUUGGGACCCGAAGUGGUUCUGAAAGCCGUUCCCCUCGCCGAUGCGAAGGGUGGCAUGCAGCUGGAGCGCUCCUGGCUGCUGCCCCUCCUGCGAGAGGGAGCGAACGGAGCGAGCCUGCAAUUCUUCAAGGAGCACAUUGUGCCCCUGGCCACAAGCUGCCAGGACAAGUGGAAGGAGUUCGCCGUGGCCCAGAACACCUCGUCGUCACACAUAUACGAGCUACUGUGCUGCCAGCUGUGGGGCUUAUUUCCGGGCUUCUGCCGCCAGCCCCGGGAUCCCGAGUACCUGCGCCAUCUGGCCCCCACCCUCGGCUCAGUGCUGCAGAAGAACCCCGAGUUCCGAGCCCCCAUCUACGAUGGCCUACUGGAGCUGCUUUGCGACGGCCAGACUGAGAGCUGCCACACGGCCAUCGGGCAGUACGCGAAGAACUUUCUGCCGCGCCUAUUCAACAUCUACUGCCAGAAGCCCAACGGCUCCUAUGAGGCGGAUCAGCGCAAGCGGGCCCUGGAAGUGAUUCGGCUGUACAUUGGCCGGGCUCCGGCUGAGGUGCAAGCGGAGCUCUUCGAGAGCGCCCAGAGCCAGCUGGCCAGCAGUGCCGUGGCCAGCUUCGAGUAUGACGCCAUGUUCGACAUCAACGCGGCAAUUGUCCGGGUGCAAAAGUGCCGCGGCAUCGAGGCCUACUUUGAGAAGUACAUGGCCCCGGUGCUGCGCAACGACAAGUCCAAGCUGGUGUCCCGCGACGAGCAGAAGCUCAAGAAGCAACAGCGCAAGACCUAUGAGCUUCUUCGUGAGCUGAUGACCUCGGAGCUGGCGUCGUGCCAGAAGUUUACGCGCAAGAACUGCAAUGCCCUGCAGCAGUUGCUUCUGGAGGCUUUCGCCACCAGCUGCAGUGUGUGCCAGGCCUCGCGAUUGUACUGCCUGAAAUCGCUACUUGAGUGCCGUAGCAAUCUCACGCACAAGGACCAGCUCGUCAUGAAGGCCAUCCCAGAGGCAGUGCUCAACUACAAGGAGUUCUCCACGCGCAAAGAGCAGGUGGCCGAGCAGCUGAUCAAAUUCAUUGCCCAACUGUACCAGGAGGCAGGGAAAAUUAAUGACUUUAUGGACAUCCUCACGGCAGGCUUUGCCGGGGACGAAUCACUGAUCACGAACACAGUCCUCGCCUUCAGGGCCGUGCUGCAGCAGCAGGGCCAGCACCUGACGGUGGCCACCCUCGAGUUCAUUCUGCAGCAGGUGUCUGUGUUCCUCGUGCAGAAGUCCCGCAAUCAGUCGGAGGCUGCUGUCGCCUUCCUUAUCACGUUCAUCAAGGUUAUGCCCAUCCCGCUGGUGGCCAACCAUCUGGAGACGAUUAUGCGCUCCCUGUCGGCCAUGACAAAGGACACCAAGCGGUACUGCCGCAUCCAGAUCGGCUACUUCCUCAAGAAGCUGUGCAAACGCUUCACCACCGAGGAGCUGGCCAGCUAUGUACCCGGCGACGACGAAGUCACCCAUCGUCGCCUCAAGAAGAUCCGCAAGCAAAUGCGACGCGACACGCGCAAGAAGCAGAGCGAGGAGGCGGCCGCACAAGCGGACAGCUCCGACGAGGAGCUCGUCGGUGGACUGGAGCAGAAGAGCUAUACCAUUGAUGACAUCUUGGCCGAUUCGGACUCGGAUCUGCCCGAAGAUAUGGAUGCCGAAGAAGAGGGAGCAGUCGCUGUCGCUGGCAAGCGACGCAGCAAGGCCAAACAGCAGCAGCGCAGCACCUACAUUCGCGAGGAUCCCGACGAGAUAGUCGAUCUGGCCGAUCUCAAGUCCAUUGGCAAUGUGCUAACAAGCGGAUCAGCCCCAACAGAUGGCCCCAGCAAAAGCCUCAAGGCCAGGCCACAGCUGGCGAAUGGCGGCUUCAAGACUGCCGAUGACGGACGUCUCAUUAUCAGCGACAAGGCUCUGCGCGGCCAAGGAGGAAAGAAUGGCGAUGAAGACUCAGAUUCGGAUUCAGACUCCUCCGCGGACAGUGACCUUGAGGCAGGUGCAAAAACCAAGGCCAAGCGCGGAAUGGAGGAGGACUCCAGCGAUGAGGAGCAGCUGCAGCAGCAACAAGUGGCCAGUGGCAAGCGCAAACGCAAGGCCAGCGAUGCCCUAAGUACACGUUCCGCCAAGACUAGCACCAGCACUCGAUAUACGGCCGGUGGGAAGGGUAUUCAUCGUCAAUUGGGCGCAGGCGGCGGCGGCGCUCCUUCCCCGGCGGCGGAUGCCAUGUCCGUGCGCUCAGGGAAAUCUGCAAAGCCAGCUGGCAGCGAGUACAGCAGCAAAAAGGCCAAGGGCGACAUGAAGAAGCGAGGCCAGCUGGAUCCCUAUGCCUAUAUACCCCUGACUAGGAAUACUCUGAACAAGCGGAAACGUUCAAUGAACUCGCGCAAUUUUAAGAAUGUUUUGCGAGGAGCUGGUGCCGAGGUUGGCGGUGGUAGAGUGGGCAAGAACUACAAAUAGAGGAAAACACGAGGGAGUAACGGGAACUGGAUUGUAAAGCUAUAUAGAUAACAACGCCCCGGCAUGGGGCGAGGCGAGGCAGGGCUGGCUGGCUGAUAACAAGGCUAAUAUGAUGAAAAAGAUUUCUCGCUUGUUAAUUUGCUUAAAUAUCUAAAUAUACGCAUAUAUAUACAUAUAUCUUUAUAUAAGUAAGCAGCAGCAUAUGCUAGCAGCUGCUUCCUGAUGUAAAUUCCAGAAGA